AUGAGCGCGCCCCAGCACCCUGGUGCCACACCCUGGCGCGCCAAGCCAGCCUCCCGCCUGCAGGCGCUGCCUGUCUGGCGCGCCCAAGGCCGGCGCGCCUCCACCCGCUGCUUUUCGAACGGCGAUAAUGUCAGCGUGGCGGUCCGCUUCCAGCUGCCCUACCACUGCAAGUACGGCCAGAGGCUGUGCUUGAUCGGCUCCAACGACAACCUGGGCGCCUGGAACGUCGCCCAGGCGGUGCCCAUGGAGUGGACUGAGGGCGACGUCUGGACGGUGGAGCUUCAGAUGCCGGCAGACGGCAGCGUGGAGCUGGAGUACAAGUAUGUGGUGCGGCACGAGCGUGACAAGACUGCGGUGCGGUGGAAGGAGGGAGGCAACUUCUACCUGCAGGUGCCGCCCAAGGGAGAGCUGCGCGUGCGCGACACGUGGGACGAGAGCAUGCGGGAGGUGGAGGUGCUCACGCAGGCGCAGCUGGAGCAGCUGGCGGUGGAGCAGCAGCGGGCGUGGGAGGAGCAGCGGGCGCAGGAGGAGCAGCGGGCGCAGGAGCAGCAGAAGCAGAAGCAGCAGCUGCUGGAGAAGCAGAGGGUGCUGGAGGAGCAGCACCUGGCUGCCGUCGCCAAAGCGGCAGCCGCAGCCGCCGCAAAAGCUCCAGUUGAAGCAGCCGCAGCGCCGCCGGCGCCUGCACCCGCAGCGGUGGCGCCUCCCGCGCCUGCACCAGCAGCAGCUGCCGCCCCUACGCCUGCACCAGCAGCGGUGCCACCUCCCAAGCCCGCGCCUGCGGUUGCAGCGACGUCUGCAGCCGAGCCCACAAAGCGACAGCGGCGGAAGAAGGUGGAUGAGGAUGAGCUGGCGGCUGCUGCCAUCUCCAAGGCCGCCGACCGGGCGAUGAGCCAGCUAGACAGCGCGGUGUCCAAGUCGCUGGACCUGCUGACAGUCACCAACGACCCGGCCACGCCCGAGCUGCUGGCGGCAGACCGCCAGGUGGCAGCAGCGGCGAGGCGCGCGGCCACCAUGAACCGCGCCCUGGAUGCAGCCAAGGAGGCCAAGCUGCUGCCGCCGGUGGGCACCAAGCCGCGGCGGCGACGAAAGGACAGCCAGCAGUCCUGA